GAGGAAAUAAGACUGUUGAAGCCUUUAGCUCGCACACGACAGGCUGUGUAAAGUGGCUUUUUAUAGAUGCUUUUAUAUUUCAUUCAUAUGAUUAACUUUACCAAUAUUUUAUCGCGAUAGUAUUGUAAUAUCACAGAGAAGUAAAAAGGUAUCAGAAGCUAGGAUCGCGGUUUUUAUGCGGAGCUGCGGCCGCUCGUAUUGAUAGCUAGCUAACUGGCUGAUAAUUGACAAUAUUGAUCGUCGUAUUUAAAAAUAUUAGCUAGCUCAGUAUUUAACUUAAAAAUAUAGCGAACAAAUACUAUUUUGCUAGCUAAACGAGAAAGUAGUAACGGCUGGUUAGCUGGUAAAUCAUUAGUUACCUAUGUAGCCUGCCGGAGGCUGGCGGAUCGCACAGCUCCGGCCUGCUUUAGCCUGAAUCCCGCCGGUGUCUGACCCUCCCGAAACCAGCCCGGAGCCAGCAAGCUGGACAAGACGCUGGACCUGGUCGGGUACAAGCCCGGCGCGGCCGGGGCGCUCACGCCUCAGAAAAAGAUGAAGAAGCGAAAGGAGCUGAACGCGCUGAUCGGGAUCGGCGGGGAUAGCAAGAGGAAGAAGCCCAAGAAGGGGUCGGGUCACCGGCUGCUGCGCACCGAGCCCCCGGACUCCGACACCGAGUCCAGCUCGGACGAUGACGAGUUCGGCAACAUGAGUGGCGUCGCUGCCUUCGGAAAGAGGAGCUACGCGCAGUGCUGCUCCAUCUGCUACCCCCUGUGCGGGUUCAUCAUCCUGGCGGCCUGCGUCAUGGCCUGUGCGGGGCUCGUCUGGAUGCAGGUCGCGCUGAAGGAAGAUCUGGACUCUCUGAAGGAAAAACUGCAUACAAUGGAAUCCAGCCAGAAGGCUUCGUCCCACGAGAUCCCGCGGCUGAGCGAGGAGCUGAAAGACAGGCAGAGGACGCUGGAGGACAUCGUGAGCGGAGACAGGGGGCUGAACAAACUGUGGUCAAACCUGACGGAAAUCAACAGAAAGAUCAAUCUGCUGGACUCUGCCGUCAGCCACCUCAAAGCCAACAUCAAAUCUGCCUCUGAUUUGAUCAAUCUGCCCACCACAGUGGAAGAGCUUCAGAAGAGCGUAGCAACGAUUGGCAGCACUCUGACCAGCGUGCAGCAUGAUGUGAAGACUGUGCAGGCUGACGCUGAGGAGCAGAGGAAGGCUGUGGACGGCCUUCGGAAAAACCAGGAUAAAGAAGGCAAGGAACCAAAAUCCAGCUCAAGAACUUCUCCAGAGAGGUCGUCUGACAACUGUUCGUCCUGCGCAGCCGUAAAGCAGGAGGUGCUGUACCUGCAGGACUCUGUGGGGGAGCUGAACUCCACGCAGGUGCUGCUCCGCUCUCAGAUGGAGGAGCGGCUCGGGAGGCUCGGCUCCUCCCUCUCCAACCUGACGCUGAGGGUGUCGUCUCUGGAGAGUGGCCUCCUCCUGCUCGGGACCACGCCCACGCCCCUGCUCAACGGCAGCGCCAAGGACCCCAGGGCUGAGAGGCUGAGAGAGAAGCUGGACUUAAUAAGUGCACUGACCAGUACAAGCGACAGUCCAGGCCUUCCCGAGCCGCAGGGACUGACCCCAGAUCAGCAGCAGCCAGCCUCUGACCCUGCAGCCAAAGCACAGGACUCAGGCCUCAGUGCAGACAGUACCAAAGUAACUGGUGUCCAACAUUUUAAGGAUUCGUUGGAGAGCAGCGCUGGGGGCACGGAGAGCCUGGGAGGAGCAGUGUCAGGGGGCGACAGCACAGUGGGGAAUCCCCCCGCCCCGGAGACCGACCUCAGCAACCCCAGCUCUGACCCUGCGAGAGAAGGAUCUGCAGCCUCCAAACCAACCCGACGUCCUGCGUUUCUGUCUCAGAGCGUGAGCAAGAAGGAGCUGAGGACAGGGGGCCCCGCUGCUGUGUCCUUCCCCGGCAUUCGCUCCAUAAAAGAUCUUGAAGAGUUCUUCCAGGGCUUGAAAGAGGCCCCCACUCAGGGACUGUCCUAUGAGGAGCUGAGGAGGAUGUUUGGGGCGGGAACCCCAGACAGCCGAGCCCUGGAGAUGUACGAUAAGGAUGGAGAUAAGAAGUACUCGUGGGCAGAGCUUCGGGCAGCUGUGGGCGUGUGAGGGGCAUUAUGUGGGCGUGGCCACGCUCAGUAGGACUCUGGGUUGCAGUGUCUCCUUAACAGUGUCACUUUUAAAUCAAGUCUGUAAGCGGUCUGCUCUGGAGUGUGGGGUGUCACACACGCGCGCUCACACACACACACACACACACACACACACACACACACCCCUCUCUUCCAGAGCAUCUGCACCUCACACCUCCACCUGUUCCAGGGGCUGCAGGGGUUAAUUUGGUUUUGUCAUUAGUUUUUGGUGUUGAUUUGAUUUGAAGGACUACAAACAGAAACCGAGUUUUAAUUCACUUUGGAAAAAUGAGGAACCAGGAUCACUUUUCCCCUCGUUUGACAUGAAUUUAAGAGUUCUGAUUUUCCGAAGCUGAAGUGCGUAUCUUUUUUAGAUGUGGAGGUCGUCAGUGGCCUAAUUUAGGCCCUAUUUUCACAUCGUUUGGCCUGCAGGCGAUUUCGCACACCAGCGUUCACACGCAAACAUGCAGCAUGGCCUUUCUGCUUUCUUUCAUUUUGUUGUUAAUUUAUUGUCAUGGAGUGAAGCUGUAGAACAUUAGCGCUGCUUUCCCAUCCUCCUCUAGGCCCUGUGCAGGGUACCGUUAGCUCACAUUCGGAAGGGCUAUAAAUACAAGCUUUUACGUGGUUAGAAGACACACGUCAGUAUUUUAACUGUAAAAUGGUAGUCAGCAUAUGUAGCAAUAAUGCAGUCAUGACUCCACAGUGCGUAGUGUGUGGUUAACCGUGUUUUAGGGUGCAGCUGACGUGUAAUAAGGUAAAGGGACAGGUAUGAGAGGCAUGCACAGGUGGACACACAGGUAAAACAGGUAGCAUGAGAAGCACUGAUCACAGGCACGGACGACGAGAAUGUCACAAGAGCCGCAUGCGGGGGUCAGAGCUGUACAGCUCUGCACAUUGGGACCUGGAAAAUCACCCAACACUGUCUUUAAUGUAAAUAAGGUAGAAUUUUCAAAGCAGCUUUGUGUAUAAAACAACGGUAAACC